AUGUCAUCUCCUCCUCACAGUCUUCCUCCACCAGUCGUUCAUUCCGAUGUUAAACCCACGCCCACAACUCCUGGAAAGAAAAGACAGAAAAGAAAGAAUGAUUUUAAUAUAGGAAGAGUUCUUGGACGCGGAGCAUUCGGAGAAGUACUUAAAGUGCAAGAUAUUGAAACAGGAAAAUACUAUGCUAUGAAAGUCCUGUCGAAGUCACGUAUUGCAAGAGAGAAAAAACUUAGCUAUGUUUUAUUAGAAAGAGAUGCAAUGACAACUUUAAAGCAUCCAAAUAUUAUACGCUUAUAUUUAACAUUUCAAGAUCCAUCAAAUCUUUACUACGUCGUAGAACUUGCCGAAAAUGGUGAUUUGCAGCAUGUAUUAAAUCAAUACAAGUCAAUUGAUUUACCAAUUGCCAAACAGCUGCUUGGACAAACUCUUUUAGCCUUAGCUCAUAUGCACCAGCACAGAAUUAUCCAUAGAGACAUUAAACCUGAAAAUAUAUUACUUGACCACUACAACAGAGUUAAAAUUACCGAUUUUGGAACUGUUAAAAUUUACAAAGAAAACGAACCGUUCUAUAGUCAGCGCGGUAGUUUUGUUGGAAGUCCAGAAUAUGUUUCCCCAGAAACACUAAAUGAAACGACAAUAUCAGCUGCCACAGAUUUAUGGGCAUUUGGAUGUCUCAUUUUCCAAUUUAUUACUGGAUACUCUCCUUUCCAUACUGGUUCAAAUUAUGAUACGUUCCAAAAGAUUGAAUCUGGCAAUUACGUCAUUCCUGAUUAUGUCCCCGAAGAUGCAAAGGAUAUUAUUCAGAAAUUACUUAAAGUCAAACCAGAAGAGAGACUUGGUUAUGGUGAUUGUGAUACAAAUUACCAAACAAUCAGGUCUCAUCCGUUCUUUGAAGGCUUAAAUUGGGAUGAUCUUCCAUUAGCAGCUUUAGAAGGAUUUAGACCAUACGAACCAGCUGUUUUGGCUCAACAAAAAGAGAAAGAAAAUGAGAUUCAAAAAAAUGUAUAUACUGAUGAUGAAAUCGUUAUUAAGGAAGGUAACAUUAUCUUUGAGAACAAGCAGAGGACGCUUCUACUCAUUGAUCCACCGAAAUUAAUUAUUACUAACCUUGAUGCUUCCGAAAUCAAGAAGAAAAUUCCUCUAGAAGCAACCACAACAAUAAGAACUGAAGGAAAUCAGCUUAUUAUUGUUAAUGGAGUGACAACAACAGAAUAUUCAAUUACAUGUGACACUGAUGAGACAGAGCUUUGGUAUUCUGUUAUUAAGGAAGCUAUAGAAUCAAUUAAGAAAUGA